CUUAUAAUUUGUUUUGUCCUAAAUUCCCUUGGUAAACUUCAUUUCAUCUCUAUUGAGACUUCGACGUCGUCUUCUUCUAAGCACUAGUUCAUCACCAAAUCUCACCACCCUUCGCAACAUCACCAUUUCGAUUUCCCCAGCCUCACAGAACCUAGCCAACACUGAACUUCAUCCUCUGCUGGGGUUUUCUCAUCCUUUUCACAUUUCCAUCAUUUUCCACCGAUUAAAUCCCCUUCUCCACCGUUUAAAUCCUCUCCUACACAGGAUCUCCACUGAACAAACCUUCGAAUUUAGGGUUUGUUCGUCCCCUUUCCCUCUUUGGCACCAACACCUAGGGUUCAUAGUUAGUUUUGCUUCUACAGCUGCUUCCUCUGUUUGCCAACUACGCAUUGCACCUGAUUCCUUCGCGGAUCCUCCAUGACCAGGGGGUCUUCAUGUGAUAUCAGAGCCAGAUUUGUGUGUUUCUCGGUCGGAUUUCAUCGAUGGAUCUUCCUCUGACUAAACCGUCCUUCAACCCCAAUAAGCAUCUCAAAGAACAAUUUGUUAGCAACUUGACCGGAUCCUCUAUGCCCGAAAUCGUGGCACUUACAGUGACUGUUCCGGUUCUGGUUUUUAUUCGUCACUCCAUCUCCUCCAUUUCCAUUACUGGUGCCUCCCUGAAGAAGAAAAAUGACGAUGCACUUUCCUGUAAAAGGAAUUUCAAAUCAUACUUUGGCACAUUGUCUCUGGACUUUCUUGUUAUUGUUGUUCCUAUGCUCUUAUGUUUCACUGUACUUGCAAACUGGACCUAUAUCAUUACAUGUUCGUUGACUAUCUUGACAUUACUAUAUAUUGCAACCAAGAGGUCUGGAGGCUCAUCUUCUUUUGAAGGAGAGCCCAAUUCUCUUCGGGCAUAUGUCACUUCUUACAGGGUUCUUGUGAUGAUUAUAACAAUCCUAUGCAUCUUGGCUGUUGACUUCAAAAUAUUUCCUAGAAGAUAUGCAAAGACUGAAACCUACGGAACAAGUUUGAUGGAUCUCGGAGUUGGAGCAUUUGUCUUAGCAAAUUCACUAGUUUCUCGGCAAGCACGAAAUAUCGCAUCUGUAAGCUGGAAGACUGCAGUAGUUUCAUCAAGUCCACUUAUCAUCUUAGGAUUUCUCCGUCUUGUUACAACAACUGGUGUGGAUUAUCAGGUACAUGUCGGUGAAUAUGGUGUGCAUUGGAAUUUCUUCUUCACACUUGCUGCUGUGUCAAUCCUUUCUUCCUUUAUUAACAUUUCUCCUCAAUAUUGUGGAGUUAUUGGUUCACUUCUACUAGUAGGAUACCAGUUGUGCUUAGUGCAAGGUUUAAACCAUUACUUACUUUCUGAUGAAAGAGGAGUGGAUAUUUUAAGUCAAAACAAGGAGGGAAUUUUUAGCAUAUUUGGAUACUGGGGUAUGUACCUUCUGGGCGUUUAUUUAGGAAACUCUCUUAUCUUUGGUAGUCAUUCCUCUGGAUUUAGAAGUAGCAGAUGGGUACGGAUGAGGAUUUGGGCUCUCUCCAUCCUGUUUUGGUUAUUAACUGUACUACUGGACAGGCAUGUUGAAAGAGUUUCACGGAGAACAUGCAAUCUUCCAUAUGUUACUAUGGUAUUGGCUGACAAUCUACAGUACUUGAAGAAGCAUUCAGUCGGAACUUACUGGCUACAUUUCUACUGGCAAAUAUUCUCACGGGGUUGGUAAACUUGUCAAUGGAUACCCUGUCUGUGUCAUCAAUCAAGGCUCUUAUUAUCUUGUUGGUCUAUGCUUAUAUUUUAUCAAUUGUAAUUGGUAUAGUAGAUUAUUUUGGUAUUAAAUUAAAAUUUUGGUGAAGCAGUCUAUUGCUAAGCUGUAGUCUGUUCUAUUAGUGUUAUUAUCUAUUUUCAAAUGAGAAUUCUUUCUUUUAACCAUCUACUGAUUUUUUUAUAAAAUUCACUUAGCAGUUGUGGUUUAUUUAUUUGUAAAGGUAUGCAUUAUGAAGGUGGUUUAUUUGUGAAGGUAUACAUUAUGAAAAUUCUACUGCAGUUGAACUGGGUUUGGGUUAACAAGCUUAAGAUUUAGGAAUGCAUAUGAACUCUAGAAAUGACGAGGACUGGACAAAGCUGAUCUUUAUGGCACUUAGGGACAGCCAUACCCCAAAAAAAGGAUAGCCAUUUCGCUGCACAUGCAAUUGUGUGGUAUCUCAGCAUGGAUAACAAUUAUCACUGAGCAAAUGCAACCUUCAACUCAUACUUCCAUGUUUUUGUGUUCUCAUGCUUCAUUUUCAUGCAUCUUGAUUUGGCAAGCCCUUGGUAGUUUUCAUACAGGAUUGUAUAGUGAAAUAGUGUGGUAAAUUGAUGCAUAAAUCUUUCUAGGCAGUUUAUACAAUGGAAAACAAAAGGUUGAAACUGACUUCUUAGGGAUUUUAAUGUAGCCUAUGUGAUGUGGACCAGCAGAUGAUGUAUAUUUUCGUGAAGGGUAGCUUAUAGUCACAUGGUUAACUUGGCUUUCCCUUGUACACUACAAGUAAUAACGGAGUAGGUUUGCUUUAUACCAAAUUAAGUGAUACAAAACACCAUUUUUAUCGAUAGAAUUAAUUGAUAGAUGACAAAUUAAGUGAUACAAAACACCAUUUUCAUCAAUAGAAUUAAUUGAUAGAUGACAAAGGCUUCUGAGGUAAGUAGUUUUGUAUAAUAUAAUGAUUAGGAUCUAAUUACACAGCAAUUUUAGAUACUUUUAAUUUGGUAUCACUAAGUAACCUGGAAUAUGUACCAUAUUUUGGUCUAGAACACAAUGUUGACAUGGCUUUCACAUGUAGAAUGUUAUAUGGGAGGAUUGUCAAAUACAUGCAUAGUCUAUGUCUACAUUAUUUAUGCGAUAAUGAUAUUUUAACUUCAAAAUUUAACACUUUUAAUUUCAAUA